CCCCUUCUCCAUAUCUUUCUUUAUCCUCAUCCAUUACCCUUACUCCUUCAUUUUCAAACACAAAAACAAAAUCAGCUACCUUACUCCUUUCUCCCUCACUCACGGCUGACCCACGAACACCACCAUCAACCGGCAGCCCAGCCACGAGCUCCACCACCAACAGCAACCACUUCUCCUCCUUCCUUUAUUGUUGUUCAUCAAGAUUGAAAGUUGAAGGGUCCUUCAAUGGUGAUUGAGGGCCUAUCUCUUACAGGGGAUAGAUCCACUUUCAGGUUGCCAUCUUUAGUGCGGAUGGAUAUGCUGCUCAUUUAUGUGUCAUGUGUUGCGAUUGCGAGGACAUCGUUUUCGAAAGUUUGCAUUGGAUACUUUUGGUCAUAUGUCCUUUGACGAACAAUGUGCACGUCUUCGACUCAUUACAAAAACCUCAAAGCCCGCCUCGCAACACAAAAUUCAAAGCGUUGUUGAAUGCCAAAAUGAAAAAAGUGCGUGGACAAAUGGGAUCUACAUCCAGAGCCACAUUUCCAAAAUGGACAGCAAUAAAAUGCUUUCAACAACCUUCUACUUCCGUUGAUUGCGGCUACUACACGCUGAAGUACAUGGACGAUAUUAUAAAAUCCGUGAAGGAUUUCGGAGUCGAAAAUAUAGAUGCCGUUUUAAACGACAUUCCGAGGGAAACACGCCCUUUGAGAAGUGGAGAGAUGCGCGAAUUAAAAGACAAGAUUGCCGCGUAUCUUGCUAAUUUUUGUCCUUGAUAAAUUGUAAUUACUAUAGAUUUUUUAGGACAUUAAUGUAUAUUAUAUAUAUAUUAUAUGUACGUACAUAAUAUUAUAUUAUAUAUACGAUCGAGAGUUUAUUAUUACAAAGAGGUUAUUGGUGAUUAUUUGUGAUUAUCAUUGGAUUAU